UGACGAUCUCCGCGCUGACGUAGCCACGUGGGGUUGCAUUUCCAUCCCCCGCUCUUCUCAUAGUUCAUACGCCCAAAGCACAACGACCCUUGCUCAAUUGCACUUCCACAGAGCUCCAGGAGGGUUCACUUUGUACAAUUACCUCUAUAAUUCCAACUCAGAAAGAUGGCAUCGUCAUACCCACGACCCGACUUCCAGCGCAAAGCCCUGAACUGGGCUUCUCUUGACGGCACAUGGGACUUUAUCUUCGACGACGCCGACAUUGGCCUGUCGAACAAAUGGCAAAAUAAUGGUAUACCCGGCCAGACGGACAGAAACCAGCCUAAGCGCGAGAUAAAAGUACCCUGCGCAUUCCAGACCCCAGCAUCUGGGAUCAAUCUUACCGAAGCCCACGAAUUAAUGUGGUACGAGCGCCGUAUCGACGAUAUUCGCACCGAUGCAGAAAAAGCCCAAGGAAACAGACUCCUCGUUCGAUUCGGCGCAGUAGACUAUGAGUGUUCCGUCUGGGUCGAUGGGCAUUUUGUCGGUGGUCAUCGCGGCGGCCAUGUCCCCUUCGACCUGGAUGUCACGGAUGCCUUCCCAUCGGAAACGACAUCUGCCCGAUUAACGCUGCGAGUUCGAGACUCGCCGUAUGAUCUUGCGCAGCCACGCGGGAAACAGUACUGGAAACCUGUGCCGGAGAGUAUCUUUUAUACCCCAACGGGUGGGAUUUGGUUAUCCGUUUGGAUGGAGAGUGUACCUGCUAUGCGAUUGUGUUGUGGGAGUGGGGGAACUGUUCUUCGGUCUGAUGAUAUCGAGCGGGGAGAGCUUCACGCGCAGAUUGCCGUGUCAGGAAGAUCGCCCCAUGUUGCUUGCAGUGUUGAGAUUGAGGCUAGUCUCGGGGGUGUGCUUGUUGGUAAGAACAAGGUUGCGUUGCCAACCGAGAGGGAUUGGGCCGCUUUGGAUUUGAGCAUGAAAGCAUCUCACGCGAGUGAUUUGCUGAAGAGAGCUCCGUAUAACAUUGAAGGAGCCUGGCACGAUUCUGUGGCUCUCUGGGCACCUGAGCAUCCGAUCUUGUAUGAUUUGGUUCUCCGCCUAUACGAUGCCUCUGGCAAGGCUCUUGAUGAAAUCGAGACCACUACUGGCAUGCGCAGCCUAUCCUGGCAAUCCGGCGAUGGUACAUUCCGAUUGAACGGCAAGCCGCUUUUCCAAAUGUUAUUCCUAGAUCAAGGCUACUGGCCCGAGACAGGAAUGACGCCUCCUUCCUCCGAGGCAUUGAAAGCUGAUAUCAUCAUGGCGAAAGACAUGGGCUUCAACGGAUGCCGCAAGCACCAGAAAGUCGAAGACCCUCGUUUUCACCAUUGGGCUGAUCGGCUGGGAUAUCUCGUCUGGGGCGAGAUGGCUAAUGCCUACGAGUUUGGAAAAGAUUACAUCGAGCGCAUGAAUGCUGAGUGGACGGAGGCUGUGAAGAGGGAUAUCAAUCAUCCGUGUAUAAUUACAUGGACGCCGAAUAAUGAGAGUUGGGCCUACCCUUCGUUGAAGGAUAACAUUCAGCAGCGGAAUCAUAUUCGCUCGCUGUACUAUUUGACCAAGACACUCGACCCCAGUCGACCCAUCAAUGAUAAUUGCGGCUGGGAGCAUGUCAUCACAGAUCUAACCACGUACCACGAUUACGCCGAUUCCCACGAUCUAGCAGAGACAUGCUCCAAAAUGGAACACGGAAUCCUCGGCCAGAAGGCUGGCCGCGAGAUGUUCACAAAGCCUAUCUACUCCGGUUUCUCAGGGCAUACCCUCGUCGACUCCGGUGCGCAACAUCAAGCCGGGGCACCCGUAAUCUGCACCGAAUUCGGUGGCGUGAAUAUCGCGCCGCCCAAGGAUACGCGGGCCGGCGAGCGUGAUUGGGGUUAUACCACCGCGACGGACGUGGAUGAUUUCCUGAAGAGAUUCGAGAAGCUGGUCAUGGCUAUUGUCAAGGGUGGUCAUACGUGUGGACUGGUGUACACACAGCUAUGUGAUAUUGAGCAGGAGGUUAAUGGGCUGUACACGUAUAAUCGCAAGGCAAAGGUCCCCGUUGAGAAAGUGAAGGCUAUCAUGAUUGCCGCUGAGGAUUAUUACUACCAGCAUGUUCAAUCGCAUGCUCCGAAGGGGUUUCGGAAAUUGUUGCAUUCUCUGCAUCGAUCCUGAUCGUUACCUGAGACGGGAACCUGAGUUGAUUAUUGGAGGUACCGCCAGGUUGACGAGAUACAGCGGACAGGGGAUUCUAUAGAGUAGUUUCACAGUGGCAUUUCAAAAGUUGGAAACAAGAGAUGGAAGAAAGGGCCUCGCCAGAUAGACUUCAACCUCCUUUAUCUCUAAAGAUCGUUUGGAAUGUCUUGAAUCGUCUGUUGAAACGUCUUUUGGAGCAAAGCAUGGCCGACCGAUAGAAAGUACUCACCGAUCACCUCGUUGGUCCGUUGGAGCUAUACUUACUUCAUGUGCGGUCUGUGGUUCCUACAUAGUAAAUCUCUGAAACCGUCAACUAGGCAC